ACCUCGUUGCUAAGGGACUGUGCACCAAUGCAAUCAAUUCAUCUUUAGACAUGAAGAAAUCGCAAAGCGAGACAUGCAAGAGGACUUGAUCGCUUUGCUUAUGUUUUCUGAAAAUCUGUUUACGUAGCUGACAGUACUUUUUUUAAGUAAGCCAGUAGUUUCGAUUUCCAAAAUGGGGGAGCCACAGCAGGUCAGUGCUCUUCCUCCUCCUCCGAUGCAGUACAUCAAGGAGUACACGGAUGAAAAUGUGCGAAAGGGACUGGCCCCCAAACCCCCUCCUCCUAUUCGAGACACUUACAUGAUGUUUGGUAAUCAGUUCCAAUGUGAUGAUCUCAUUAUUCGACCACUGGAGAGCCAAGGCAUCGAGCGCCUUCACCCUAUGCAGUUUGACCACAAAAGAGAGCUGAAGAAACUAAAUAUGUCCAUCCUGGUCAACUUUCUGGACCUUCUGGACAUCCUCAUCAAAAGCCCAGGCAGCAUUAAGCGAGAGGAGAAGCUGGAGGACUUGAAGCUCCUUUUUGUCCACAUACAUCACCUCAUCAACGAGUACCGUCCCCACCAGGCCAGAGAGACGCUGCGGGUCAUGAUGGAGGUUCAGAAGAGACAGAGGCUGGAGACGGCUGAGCGUUUCCAGAAGCAUCUGGAGCGGGUGGUUGAGAUGAUCCAGGGGUGUCUUGCCUCGCUGCCUGAUGAUUUGCCACAACCCAGCAGCUCUAGCAUGGGAGAGGCUGGUGGCGCGGCGUCAGCUGGAGACUCCAGACUGAAAACUGAGCCUAUGGAUGUAGAAGAGACCAGUGUUAGCUGCAUGGUUGCACAAACUGACAAAAAUGUGCCCAGUAAGAAGGACAAAGUGUGGGAUAAGGAUGCUGCAAUGUGCAGUAUUAUUGAUGAGAUGACCUGAGCUGUCUAAGGAAUGUAUUCAGAAAAUAUUAGCUCUUCAACUUUGUUACAAAAUUUGGAACUGCCUUGGACUACAGACAUUUUUACUAUUUAACAAGGUUGCCAGAUUAAACAGUCAAUUAAGUAGACAUGUAAAGUGAUAAAGGUCUAAUGGUCUUUUCAUAUCUCACUGUAUUUUUGUGUUAUAUAAAUAAAACAGGGACAUUGUAAACUAUAAUAAAAGCAUGUUUGAAUGCUUAAUACCUC